CUUUCCUCCUCUUUCAGCUUGCUGCGAUCCUCUUCCCCUGCUAUGUCACAUCGCGUCUCGGCUGCAACUGCGAGCACCUAUUCGUGCGCAUCACCCUCAUCCCAGCUGGGACCCCUCAGCGCCUUGUGCUGAACCCAUAUGCUGUGACUGCAGACGGGAUGAGAGGCUACAGCAGGCACUGUGUCUGAGAGAUCCUUGCGGCCAGCGGCUCCUUCCUAUUCCAUGGGAGACGGGAGUAAGGAGAGGAGCACAUCUGAUAUCUGCAUCCAGGAGGAGAAGGCGCACUAGCGGAUUACCAGCGCGUCUCCAGGCAGCACAGCGCGUCAGCCAUGCCUACAGCAAGCAGCAAUGAGCCCGAGUGUGCCCUCAGCUACCAGAGAUCUGAUGAAGAGGCUGUUGUAGACCAAGGUGGAACUAGUUCAGUCCUUAAUAUUCAUUAUGAGAAAGAAGAGCUUGAAGGGCACAGGACGUUAUAUGUGGGAGUCCGGAUGCCACUGGGGCGUCAAAGCCACAGACAUCAUCGCACUCAUGGACAGAAGCACAGGAAGCGGGACCGCAUGAAGGGAGUCAUACAAGAAGAAGGCCAUGAUGAAUCAUUAGCUCAUGAUACACCAUCACAGAGAGUGCAGUUCAUCCUUGGAACAGAGGAGGAUGAGGAACAUGUACCACAUGAACUGUUUACGGAGCUGGAUGAGAUCUGUGUGAAAGAGGGCGAGGAUGCAGAAUGGAAGGAGACGGCAAGAUGGUUAAAGUUUGAGGAGGAUGUAGAAGAUGGAGGAGAACGCUGGAGUAAGCCCUAUGUGGCCACACUGUCUCUACACAGCCUCUUUGAACUUAGGAGCUGUAUCAUCAAUGGAACAGUUCAGCUAGACAUGCAUGCCGGCACAAUAGAGGAAAUCGCAGACAUGAUCUUGGAUCACCAUGAUUCUGCUGGCGAGUUAGGAGAUAAUAUCCGGGUGAAAGUGAAAGAAGCACUUUUGAAGAAGCAUCACCAUCAGAUUGAGAAGAAACGUAACAAUCUUAUUCCAAUGGUGCGCUCUUUUGCAGAGGUUGGGAAGAAGCAGUCAGAGCCUCAUUUACUAGACAAAAGUAGUCUAUCUGUUUCUCCACAACCUACUCCCAAUACUUUAGAUGUUAAAAAUGGUGGAAACCACGAGAACAGCAGUGCUGUUGAUCUCAGCAAGGUGGAUCUUCAUUUCAUGAAAAAAAUUCCUAUAGGUGCCGAAGCCUCCAAUGUCCUUGUCGGAGAGCUAGAUUUUUUAGAACGACCCAUUGUGGCAUUUGUACGUCUGUCCCCAGCUGUUCUACUUACUGGACUCACGGAAGUCCCCAUACCUACCAGGUUCUUAUUUAUCUUGCUGGGGCCAGUAGGAAAAGCACAACAAUACCAUGAAAUUGGUAGAUCAAUGGCUACUAUAAUGACUGAUGAGAUUUUUCAUGAUGUUGCUUACAAAGCAAAAGACAGAGGAGACCUAUUAGCUGGGAUUGAUGAAUUCUUGGAUCAAGUGACGGUGCUCCCACCAGGAGAAUGGGAUCCAUCCAUUAGAAUUGAGCCACCAAAAAAUGUUCCCUCUCAGGAGAAGAGGAAAAUGCCCGGAGUCCCCAAUGGAAAUGUUUGCCACGUGGAUCCUGAGCCAGAGCCAGAACAUAGCGGACCUGAACUUCAGCGCACGGGAAGGCUAUUUGGCGGUCUGGUGGUAGACAUAAAAAGAAAAGCUCCUUGGUACUGGAGUGACUACAGGGAUGCGUUGAGCUUACAGUGUGUGGCUUCUUUCCUCUUCCUGUACUGUGCUUGCAUGUCUCCGGUCAUCACAUUUGGGGGUUUGCUUGGAGAAGCUACAGAAGGUCGAAUAAGUGCAAUAGAAUCCCUGUUUGGUGCUUCUAUGACAGGAAUUGCUUACUCACUAUUUGCUGGACAACCCCUGACAAUUUUGGGAAGUACAGGACCGGUUUUGGUGUUCGAGAAGAUUCUUUUCAAGUUUUGCAAAGACCAUGAGCUCUCCUAUCUCUCGCUGAGAGCAUGUAUUGGUCUUUGGACAUCUUUCCUCUGCAUUGUUCUUGUUGCCACUGAUGCCAGCUCGUUGGUCUGUUACAUAACGCGUUUUACAGAGGAAGCAUUUGCGUCACUGAUUUGCAUCAUUUUUAUCUAUGAAGCCAUAGAGAAGCUGAUACACUUGGGAGAGACAUAUCCUAUUCACAUGCACAGCAAACUGGACAAGCUAACCCUAUAUUACUGUAAAUGUGCUGCUCCGGAAGUACCAUCAAACAAGACCUUACUGUACUGGACGGAGAACAACAUCAGCAUCUCUGAUAAUGAUUGGGCCAAUCUAACUGUCAGUGAAUGUAAGAUGAUGCAUGGAGAGUUUGUGGGACCUGCCUGCGACCAUCAUGGGCCAUAUACCCCAGAUGUUCUUUUCUGGUCCUGCAUCUUGUUUUUCACCACAUUUGCGCUAUCUGGCACAUUGAAGACAUUUAAAACAAGUCGGUACUUUCCUACUAAGGUUCGAUCGAUGGUGAGUGACUUUGCUGUGUUUCUUACAAUCCUGACCAUGGUAAUCCUGGAUUAUUUAAUUGGAGUUCCGUCUCCAAAACUUCAGGUCCCAAAUGAAUUCAAGCCAACUAGAGAUGACAGAGGGUGGAUUGUGAACCCAAUUGGAACAAAUCCCUGGUGGACAGUUUUCCCGACAGUAAUUCCUGCCCUGUUAUGCACCAUUCUUAUAUUUAUGGACCAGCAGAUUACAGCUGUUAUUAUUAACAGGAAGGAGCAUAAACUGAAGAAAGGUUGCGGCUACCAUUUGGAUCUGCUGAUGGUGGGAGUGAUGCUGGGAAUAUGCUCUAUCAUGGGAUUACCAUGGUUUGUCGCUGCCACCGUCCUCUCUAUCACCCAUGUGAAUAGUCUUAAACUGGAGUCUGAAUGUUCAGCCCCUGGAGAACAGCCCAAGUUUCUUGGUAUCAGAGAGCAGCGAGUGACCGGCCUGAUGAUAUUUGUGCUCAUGGGAUGCUCUGUAUUUAUGACUACAGUACUGAAGUUUAUCCCAAUGCCAGUUUUAUACGGAGUAUUUCUUUACAUGGGGGUAUCCUCACUGAGAGGAAUACAGUUCUUUGACCGUCUACUUCUCUUUGCAAUGCCGCCCAAACAUCAACCGGAUUUUAUCUACCUGCGGCACGUUCCUCUGCGCAAAGUCCAUCUGUUCACUAUUAUUCAGCUCACCUGUCUGGUCUUACUGUGGGUUAUCAAGGCAUCUCCAGCUGCUAUUGUGUUUCCAAUGAUGGUCCUUGCUUUGGUGUUUGUCCGCAAAGUGAUGGAUUUCUGCUUCUCUAACCGCGAGCUCAGUUGGCUUGAUGACUUGAUGCCAGAGAGCAAGAAAAAGAAACUAGAAGAUGCUAAGAACAAAGCUAAAGAAUUGGAGGAGGCAGAGAAGAUGUUGCCGUUGCCAGAUGAGAAAGGCAUCCAGCUUCCCCUUGAGACCAGAAAACUGCUUGGCAGUCCAGGAAAGAACAAUAAUUCCAGAUGUGACCCAUCUGACAUAAAUAUUUCUGAUGAAAUGCCCAAAACUACUGUGUGGAAAACACUCAGUUUAAACACAGAAAGCUCCAAAUCAAAGGAAAAAAGCAUUUUUAAAUAGGAGUCUUGGCAUGUGAAGGACAGCGUGUUAUGGCAGAUGACUCAGGGAAGGGCCAAGACCCACAAUUUGGCAUAGAGUUUUGAUGGGAGAUCCCCGUAUAUUUUCUGCACAUGAAGGAUCCAUGUUAAAGCCAUGAAAAUGUUUUCUUAUAUAAAUAUAUUUUUCUUUAAUUUUCAAUGUGUGCUUUAACAAGCUGUUAUUAUCCACUUGCCAGUAGUGCACUUGGAAAAGGAGUCUCUCCAGCACAGCAUCAUAGAGCUGGAAUUUCAUACAAGUUCAAUCAAGUCAUUCCUAGAAGGAUUCUAAGAAUCGCCGGAGAUUCUUCCUACCCCAGUCUGGGGUAUAUUGAAACUGUAUAUGUUCAGUUGAUAAAUUUUAGUACUUGCCAUCUGUAUUUCCAAAAAGACAAAUGUGUUUUCUCCUUGUCCAGGACUAUAGUCAUUUGUUUUUCAAAAAAAUUCAAAACAUGUUCAUAAAAUAAUUUUGUUGUAUCUGCUGGACUGAGAGGAAGCAGAUAUUAAUAUAAAUCUCAAUGAUUAAACGUAGGUAAGCAUAUUUUGUGUUUUCCAAUAGGGUUAAGCAACCUUUAGUAGUAACUGGCUUGCUCAUUAUCAUCCCAGAUGUAGGUCAGCCAAAGCUAGACUGCUGAUAGUUGCCUGUCCUUUAUCUUAUUUAUUGGUAAAUCUAUUAUGAAUAGUACUGUUUGGCACUUACUAUAAUUUAACCCACUGGUAAAUACUUACAGCCAUUUCAUCAAAUUGCUUCAGUCUCAAACUAAAAUACUGGACACUGUGUUUGUUAAAUUGCAGGAUAAGCUGCUCUUUAUUUUAAAAUGGUUUAGUGAAUAUUUUUUACUGCUUAUUGGAAAAUAAUAGAAUUUAAGUCCAAGUUCUAUAUGUUCCAAACAAACAAAAACAAACAAAAAAAAUCCUUUUAUUAACUAUCUUUAUUUACAUGGCAAUAAAGUUGCAGCCAUCAAUGUGUUUUUUGUGCACUUUUAUCCUGAAUGCCUCUUUUUGACGAUUAUUUUUUUUUUCAUACUAUUGUUCUGUUUAUGUUAUCUUUACUGAGAAUUCUAGGCAUGUCGAAUGGGUUUCCUGUAAAUAUAAAUAUUACCAGCAUUAGCAGAGGUGAAUCUAGGCAGAAGUAAAUAUAUGUAAUGAGUAAUUAUUUGUCACAGAUUCUUGCUGUCGUCCUUGACACAUGCUUAUGUGAUUACCGUGUGGUAGUAGAAAUCCAGCAUAUGUUUAUAUGUGGGUGAUUUUAAAACUAAAAUCAAUCAUAGACUAAUGUGACAUAUGUAACAUAUAAUUUAGAAAAACCCCAUUGGUUUUUUUUUCACUAUAUUCUUUUUUGUAUGCAAUAAGGGUUUAUAUAGCUUUGGAACAGAAGUUUAAAGCAAGCUUAGGCAAUAGGAACUAUUGCCAGUAUACAAAUCCGGCCAUUAUCUGCUUACUAGGCUGGAGUUUUAGUUGCAGAACAAGAAGAAACUAUAGGUUGGUGAUUUUUUAACAUUAGGAGAGAUAUAUAUGACAUUAGCUACAAAACUUUGGAAGACCCAGACCUUCUAUGACCCGCUCAUAGCCAGUGAUCAGAAAAUAAGAAUGAUACAUUAUAACCAUCCUGUGCGCCUAAUUCUGAGUUGAUCGCAGCAGCAAAUUUGUUAGCAGUUGGGCAAAACCAUGUGUACUGUAGGUGGGGCAGAGGUAACAUGUGCAGAGAGAGUUAGAUUUGGGUGGGGUGUAUUCAAACUGAAAUCUAAAUCGCAGUGUAAAAAUAAAGCAGACAGUAUUUACCCUGCACAGAAACAAAAUAACCCACCCAAAUCUAACUCUCUCUGCACAUGUUAUAUCUGCCCCCCUUUGCAGUGCACAUGGUUUUGCCCAGUUGCUAACAAACUUGCUGCUGCGAUCAACUCAGAAUUACCCCCUAUGUCUGGUGUCUCAGACACUUUUUAUUUUCAAUAUUGGAACUGCUCCCCCUAAAGGGCAUGUUAGGUUAAUCCACAAAUCAGAACCAACGUGAUUAAAAAUAAUAAAUUUGCAGCAUUCUAUUUAAUUAUCAUAUUAAUUAUUAAUUAUCAUAGAUGCAGAUUAUUUGUUUUUGUUUGACAUUAAUAUUUAAUUGUAUCAUCUAAAUAUUUGUUUUGAUAAUCUUCAUCAAACUGUUUAUAAAAUGUUAUCUCGAGGUGUUUCUGGUUAGCAUGUUGGCCUUUUUAGUACCAUUUACAUUUUUUUUUUUUUUCAUUUUUACGUAAAUUGCAGCUGUCUGUAAAAUGUGUGCACUGUGUUCUUUCAAAUUCACUUAAUGUGUUAUGUUAGUUUAUGUCUAAUUUAUAUUCUGGUGUAUACUGUAACAUGACAUUUCUACCAGCAAAAUGGUAAAAACUUGUCAGCUUGUUUUGGAAACCUUUUGUUCGUGCAAUGUGUACCGACCAAUUGAAGUGAAUAGAACAUGUUGUGUCACCAUUCUGUGUAAUUGUUCAGUGCUUAAGAAAUACUGCAUUGUUUUCUUUUAUAGCGGUUUCUAGCUCUGCCAACCAGAAUUCUAGUCUCACAGAUGUAAGUGCCACCCAUCAUCUAUUCUAGAUGUACUUUUGUCAAUCAUCCAGAACCGUGCCAAGUAUAAAACACAAUAUUGUUUCAUUAACUUAUUUUAAAAAAAUACUUUUUUUUUGUUGAUAAAUUAGACAUCUAGUUGAAACACAGCACAUUAAACAGUCAUUCAUCAACAUCUUAAUUUCUCACAUAUUUUCAAAAUAUUUUUUCUAAAUAGCAUUAAAUAAGUUUUGUCUCCCCUUACUAAUUAUUUUACGAAAGUGCUAAAUAGUUUUAAAUGGGAAAAUGUUUGUUCCACAGUUUGAAACAUAUUUUUCACAAUCACCAAGAAAGCAAAUGCGGAUUCCUUUUCUGCUUAUUAUAUUGUUAUUAGGUACUGUAGAUCUAGGUUAUUAUUCCAAGGAUUCCUUAAGCUAAGUAUACUAUAUCCUAUUUGCCCAGUUUUUAAUUAAUUCAUCAUUUAUAUAUAAAUCACAGUUUCUCCAAUUUGUUUGUGAUCAAUAACUUAAAUCAUUUUGAUUUCAGAGAAUGAAGAUUAAUAUUCCAAAGUUCUAUUUAGCUUCUUUUAAAGAUACCAAUUAAUAGAGAAAAUGGCUUCAGUACAUGAUGGAUAUAAGUGUAUCAGAAAAUUCAGAAUAUGGGAACUGUUGUAUACCCUUGGGUUACACUGUGCCCACCCUUAUCUAAUAGCUAGGCUGAUAUUAAGGGGCCUAUGUACUAAGCCCUGAAGAGAGAUAAAGUGGAAAGAGAUAACGUACUGGCCAGUCAGCUCCUAACUGCCAUGUUAUAGGGUGUGUUUGAAAAAUGAGAGGAGCUGAUUGGUUGAUACUUUUUAGCUUAGUGCAUGGACCCCUAAGAAACAAAUUGCCUCCGCAACCUUUUAUAAGAAAUUGCUACACGAUUUACCUGAGCUGAGCUCUAUGAGGUCAGAACCAGAAUGUUGGCACACUGCUCAUUUUGGAAGCCUACCAAAGCCAACUUAAAAUAUGAAACUAACAGUUGAGAUGUAGAUAUCCUUGUCAAGGCAGGUCUUUGUCCCGCAUCAUCCACCAUAGGACCUCUUCACUUGAACAGGUUGGUGGUCCCUUACUAAGGAAGGAAUACAAAUACGGUGCUGGCACAAUGAUCGUUUCUUCCUUAAUCAAUAUACUUAGAAAUAGAGAUUAUUUUGUUUUAGAAAUACUGAAUAUAUAUUUAUUUUGUUUUAAAGAAUGUAGAAACAAUUCUUGCUGUGAGUGAUAGAAAAUCAAUGUUAUUUUUUUAUUUUACCUGCAAAGUUUAAGAGGCAGUUGUGUGCUUUUUUUUUUUUUUUGUCUCCCUACUUCUCCAAGCACUGUGUCUUCUUAUGGGGGGAACAACCAGGUUACAUACUGUACUGAGGCAGAAAACAAAAGGGGGUUAUUAAGCCAUUGUGCUAACACAAUGGCUACAUGUGUGUGUUGAAUCAUAAUAACCCCACUGUUAAUUCAUGGCCUGCUACAUUUUUGUUAACUUUUAUGGUAAAAGAGGUAGGCACGGUUUCUAUACGUCACCAGAUAGUAGAGAACCCUUGUUUUUCCAACUAUUUGGAAUCUACAGGUCUCUGGUAUGGAUGGCAAGCUGGCAUUUGUAGUUCACAACAGCUGGAAUGCCAGUGGGUGCCUUAGUCCACAUACAGUAAUCUUCCACAAUAAUGAAGAGCCAAAAGUUUCCUAAACCUUAUCUAGGUAACGUGUCCUUGCUCUAAAAGGGGAAAACUAGCACCCAGCCAACAAAUGCCUCCCCUAACCUGGUUGCUCUACUCUUUCAGUCUUAAUAGGUGGUUGUUAUUGUGCGUUUCACUGUCUAAAUUUUGUCCGUCUUCUGUAUAUCUGUUGUUUACCUUGAGCAAUGAGUAAAAUAAAAUUGUAUGUAAUGUAACAUCUGUUGAUGUACUGUGAAGAGGCAAAUCCUUAAUGAAAGUAUUUUUGAUGUGUGUGUAAAUAUUGCAGUAGUUUUGAUGUCUAUGUUUUCAGCAGAGCAAAGUGUAAAUGACACAGAAGUUGUCUGAAAUGUAUAGAUUUACUUUUCAAGUGCUAUACUUGUUUCCUUCAUGUGUGACAAUCAGUGCUGUGGUUUCAAUCUGUACAAGCUGACUGCUACAGGCACAGCACAUUGAUAACUAUUGUAUAAUGUAGUUGACAAGCUUUCAAACAAUUGUAUAUACUUUAAACUGUAUCCAAGUUAUUGUUUUGUAUGUUCUUAGUGAAACAACAUCAAACAAGAGUAGAAGAACUGGCUCUCUAAAGCCAUUAUAUGAGAUAAAGUAGUCAGGGUGGGAUUCGGGUUCAGUUGUGCUCUUGUCAGUGGAGCUGUGGUACAGGAUGCUCUAGUCAAUGAGAAACUUAUUUUUAUAAAGUUACAAUAGUAUUGUUUGAUGGAGCCCUUGACAACAGCCACCUCUGGACUUCAUGCAUACCCCUUAGGAAUACAGAUGUACAAAUUGGUGAAACUGAGCCUUGCUGGAAGUCAGAUCCAAGAGGCAACUAGGCAAUAAACACUAUUAAUUGCAGCUAUUCCCUUUGUAAGGUUUGUAAGGACAUUGGUAUUUGUAAAGGAAUGUCAUAAUGGGGCAUUCCUGAUUUUGUUAUGAUAAACCAGAUGACAGCUUGUAAAUAUAUACAUUAUGGAUUUGUCUCUUUAGCACUACUCACAUACACUGUGUACUUUAGUUGGGGGUACAUAUUAUAAAAUUAUUGACAAAGUUUAAUAAACAGAGAAACUUGCAA